AUGGUUGCACAGUUCUUGGGAACACUCGGAGCCAAACGGACGCUACUGAGGCCACGGAAUGUCACGCUGGAGGCACGGAACUUCCACGUCCGGCUGCGCUGGGAGGCAGACCCCAGCACACCCAGCUCGGCCACCUACGAGGUGGAGUGGAGGACCAGAACCUCGAACUGGACCAAGGCAGGUGCCUACGGGGGGAACAGCAGAACCUCCUGGCAGUGUGAGCUGUAUUUUGACAGGAUUCAUGAUAUCUACUGGGCACGGGUGAGAGUGGUGGCCGGAGGUGAGCAGUCCGAGUGGGCCAGUUCCAGCGAGCUGCAGCUGUACAGAGACACAAUUGUUGGCCCCCCCAAGUUGUCCUGGCUGCUCCAGGACCAAAUCCUCAGCGUAAACAUCAUCACACCACGCACUCCCUACCAGAGAAGAACUGGUUCCUACAAGCCAGUCAACCGAGUGCUGCUGAAGCUGUGGUACUGGCUGCACCUGUACGAGGGGGACCUGCUUGUCCAGCAGGUGCCCUGCAGACGGCGCAGUGAGAAAGUGCCUUGCACCUUUGGGCACCUGAAGCCCAGCACACAGUACUGUGUCCGGACGGUGGCUGCAGACAUUGCCAGGGAGCGGAGCCAGGAGGCUGAGCAGUGCCUGGAGACUCCAGCACGCCCUUCAGGCUUUCCAUGGGUCCUUGCUGUGCUGAGUGCCUUCUUCCUGCUGCUGCUGCUAAGUGUGGCCGGGAUCUGCUUCAUGCAGCUGCACGUCCUUCCCAGUCCUCCGGAGACGUGCCUCCCAAGAGCACUGGCUCUCCAGAACAGCGGGCUGAGUGUGGCCAUGCAGGCGCCUCCGCUCCAGCUUGAGGAGGACCCACUGGCCCUGCUCCUGCAGACUGUGCUCCCCUCCCACGGGCCAGCCACGGCCGUGCAGGCACCAGCCACGGUCCCACAGCUCCUCCGGGGCCUGGUCCGGGAUGCGAGCGGCUACUGUGCCAAUGGGUUUGGCCCAAACUGCACUGAGGGAAGGGACCCGUCCUGCACCCACAGUCAGCUGGGGCAUGCCUUAGGCUCUCAGCUCCCCUCAGAGCUGGAGAAGGAUGGGGAGGCAGGUGACGGGGAUGAUUUGCCAGAGCAGCUGGUGCUAGUGGGACUGGCUGGACACAGCUACGUAGGUGACAGAGACAGCCAGACACCUAAAAUAUGGCUCCCCCUGCACCUCCAGCUUUAUUCUAAAUGCCAGUGCCCAGUCCCGGGAGCAGGCAGCCACCUUCCUCUGCCCGUGCCGAGCAGCAGCCGCAGCCAGGAGUACCUGCAGGAGAGUCUGGGCACGGCCGGGCGCCGGAUCCGGCUCAGCUCCGUGCGGCUCCUGGCCGGGGCGGAGGCAGAGGGAGGGCAGCGCCCCUGUGCCCCCCAUCCCCCGAGCGGCGGCGGGACCGACCCGGAGCCCGGGGACAGCACCGUGAACCCAGGCUGCUCGGGACAGGCCGGAGCGCGUCCGUACAGCCCCUGCCCGCUGCCCCCCUCGCCCCGCAGCGUCCAGCGGGCAGCUGCCCCGUCCGGCUACGAGCCCCGUGCCCCGUGGGGCAGCGAGCCACAGCUAUAGCCACAGCUAUAGCCACAGGCACAGGCAGCGGGCAGCCCCAGCUCCCAGCCCAGCCCAAGGCGCCCCGGGCUCCCCGGCCGUGCCUGCCGCAGCCUGUCGGUGCCGGGAUGGGCACGGCGCUGAGCCGGCUCCCCGGGGCAGGCACAGGCACAUCCCGGGCACGGCCGCCAGGGACCCGCCGAGGACGGGCGGCAUGCAGAGCUGUCCUCUGGGGAGCUGGUGCUCUUGAGACACAGCAAAAGGAGCAUGGACCAACGCUGAACCCCCAAAACUCCUAUCUAGAGAUCUGUCUGUAUGUGUGCACGUAUGGUACAGUAUCCAUACCAAUGUAACACUCAUAUAUAGAUAUAUAUUUAUAAAGCUCUCUAAUGAAAAAAUGUUGGGGUUUUUACUUCUGUGGAAAUGUUGAUUCUGUGCUGGAGUUGUUUUUAAAUAUCACUAAUUUAUUCUAGAAAACUGGUUUCUCUAUUCAUUGUUUCUGUUACAGACCCAGCAUGACCCUUCCGUG